CUUUUGUUUGGAGACCGCAAUACUACCGCAUGGAAAAACGGAAAACAGACCGACAGAGAAGCAGCAUCCCAUGAAAAAUCUCCUUUCCAAUGGCCCCACCCACACUUUACCCUAAACUUUUCCCAGAUUCCCAUAUCCAUCUCCAAUUCUCCAUCUCCAUCUUCAAGCGAAGGACAAACCUUUUCCUCUCGACUUUCUCUCUCCGGAGUCUGUCUAAUACGAUUAUCAAAAAAAAAAAGUCUGUCUCUAAUAAUUCUAAUAACGCAGCAGCUGUAGGAUCCAUUCCAAUCAACCUAUUCUCAAAACUCUUGCCAAAUUUGCGGCAACGAUCACGGGCUUCCGGUACCACGUUCACCGUAAAAAUAUGCACGUAGUGACGUAGUGUCAGUCAGACUCAGACCCACUUGUUGAAUUGUAUGUAUACUUCUCUCCCAGAGAGAUGGAGAAUUGGAAAUCACCCCGCGAUGGCUACCACCCUUGUACUUCCUCCCUCAGAGAUGUCACAUACAGGUAGAGCCAUUGUGUGUAAGUGUGCUCCGAAAUUCGUGUGUUGAGUGAUCACUGAAGAUUGAUAUUAUUAUAUGGGAGUUAGUUGAGGCUUGUAGCAAAUCCUUCGUAGAAAAUGUGACAGUACUGUCAAGGAAGGAGUAUGAUGGACCUUACAACAAAUAGCAGGCCUCUAUCUAAUCUGGCAGGCCUCAAAACUAAUUUGACAGGCCUUACUAUCAGCAUGACAGGCCUUACUAUCAGCAUGACAGGCCUUCUAGCAAUUUCGACAAGCCUUCAGUAAAUUUGACAUGCUUUCAUGUGACUAUAUCAGUCUCAAGAAUAACGGUGGGAAGGCCUGGCAAGUGUUCAGGCCUACUGUACGUAUGAAAGGUCUUGGGAGUUCUCUGGAGAAGGUCUCACCAGCUAAGAAACACAGACGCAGAUUCAUAUACGGACAUAUGAUUCGAAGAGUUCCUAGUUGGAGCAAAUCAAGAUUGAGGUCUGUUGCUGGUGGCGGAUCUGAUGCAUUUGAACUUGAUUGACAAUAGAGUGGAAAGCUGUGGCAGUUGUGGGCAUGAAUUGAACCUGAGCUCCUCUGGUCGGAAUACAUCUACCAUCGGUUCAAAAUACGGAAAAUCCAUAAAGCGAGGGAUCAUAUCAUUCUUCUACAUCGACGAGAGCAGGUUUACUCAAGUAGAAGAAUUGAGAUGUGGUCCGUUCAUUUCCAAGAACUCUUGGGGUUUGUUCCGUCGGAGAACAAAGCUUCUAUGCCGGAAAUGCGGCAACCUCAUUGGAAUGGCUUACGAUGAUCACGAUUCGGCUUACCCACUUGUAUCUGAUGGUUUGGAUUCUGCCUCAGGCAGUGAAAUCUCCAGCCGUAGAAAAUACGAUGUCAGAAUCCGUGCUUUGCAGCCUUCCUCGUCUGGAGAAGUUGGUAUUCCACUUGCUGUGUAAUGUACCGGUAUAACGUUCCAACUGAAUCCACCAAAUGGAAGAAAGUACUUAUACAACAGAUUUAUUUAUUGUCUUUUGAUUAGUUAUUUUAUAACGUAGAAAAAUGAAAGAAAGUACUUCACUUGGGACUAUUUGUUAAAGAUAUUAUUAAGUGCCUCGCCAUUGUCUGUUCUCUAUUUCUCGAUUGGCUGUGCCUUGUAAAUGAGCAUUUUAGAUACUUUAAAAUAAAAGCUUGUUUGAAUUCCGCGAAGCUAA